CCUUUGGGAUAUAAUUCCUUACACCGAACACGAGAAUGCAACAAAGUUUAGACCCUCGAGAAUCACGGGGCUAGCACCCGAGCGAUACAGAAAACGGGGGUAAAUAAUGCUAUAUCUUUUUGCAAAAUAUCGGUGCUAAACAAUAAGAUAACAUUUCUCUUUUCUCUCUCAUAUGGGAUUCGCCGUGAAACAAUUCUCUUCAACACUCGACGAAAUAGAUUUACGAAAUAUAUGAAACAUAUGAUGCCAUAUCAACAAGUGAAUAAGAUUUCUAUUUUCCGGAAGAUGAAUGUGUACCGUCGUUUGUGAUAAUAUUAUUUUAUUUUGUCUCUGAGGUAUGUUAUCUUGAGGAGAUUUUGUGAUUCAGUUUUGUGCAAUUGUACAUGUUCAUUACGGCGCCCCCACCCGUGUCUUCUGUCCGAACACCCGACCCCCCAUCCAUGAAGGAAGAACCAGUCGCCCCCGUCCAAAACACUUCCAUUAGGAAUUGGAUGCAGCCCACAUCUUUGGACCAAGGGGGAACCGUGGGGUUCGGGAGAGCACAUUUUGAAAAACAGCCACCAAGCAACCUGCGAAAAAGCAACUUUUUCCACUUUGUGCUGGCGUUGUACGACCGACAGGGCCAGCCCAUUGAAGUGGAGAGGACAGCCUUUAUUGACUUCGUGGAGAAGGAACAGGAAUUGGAAGGUCAAAAAACAAAUAAUGGAAUUCAUUACAGACUACAAUUACUUUACGCAAAUGGAGUACGACAGGAGCAGGACUUGUUUGUACGUCUCAUCGACUCAGUCACGAAGCAGGCAAUUAUUUACGAGGGCCAAGACAAAAAUCCCGAGAUGUGCCGAGUGCUACUCACACACGAAGUCAUGUGCAGCCGGUGCUGCGACAAAAAGAGCUGUGGCAACAGGAACGAGACUCCAUCAGACCCCGUCAUCAUCGACAGAUUUUUCUUAAAGUUCUUCAUGAAAUGCAAUCAAAACUGCCUAAAGAAUGCAGGGAACCCACGGGAUAUGAGAAGAUUUCAGGUGGCCAUCUGUACGACUAUCUCCGUGGAGGGCACACUGCUAGCGGUCUCUGACAAUAUGUUUGUCCACAACAACUCCAAACACGGCCGGAGAGCGCGGAGACUGGAUCCCACGGACGGAGAUGCUUGGUUCUUUGCCGAUUCGUACACAUCCAGGGCCUUCACUCGCUACCCCCGGGAUGCAGGGGCCAUCACUACACCCACUAUCAAGGCCAUAUGUCCGAGCGAAGGUUGGACGCUAGGUGGCACUACAGUCAUUAUCAUUGGAGAUAAUUUCUUUGACGGCCUACAGGUGGCGUUCGGAUCUGUGUUUGUUUGGAGCGAGCUGAUUACGUCACACGCCAUCCGGGUCCAGACCCCGGCCAGGCAACUCCCGGGGGUGGUAGAGGUCACUCUGUCUUACAAAUCUAAACAAUUCUGUAAAGGUGCGCCGGGGCGAUUCGUCUACACAGCUUUGGCAGAACCUACCAUAGAUUAUGGAUUCCAGCGACUAAUGAAACUGGUACCGAGGCAUCCCGGGGACCCGGAGAGACUCCCUAAGGAGAUCGUCCUGAAGCGGGCAGCAGACUUGGCCGAGGCCUUGUACAGCAUGCCCCGGAACCCCAACCAACUGUCCCUCCCCCCGCCCCGCUCCCCCGCGAUGACCAACGGCUCCCCUAUGUCUAGUUUUAACCCCCCGUAUUCCGGACAACUGGCGGUCAGCAUCCAGGACACUAGUGGUCAGUGGGAGGAAGGGUAUACAAGGGGGCAAGGGUCCAGCCUAUCCCCCAGGGGCUACGGUUCCAAUGGAUCCACGCCUCACAGUAACGGAAGCGGAUACAGCUCGGCAGCCAUGAACGGGUACCACGCCCCAACGGGAGGUUUAGGCAACAUGGGUAUGAGUAGCCUUGUAACCUCGCCAUUUUCCAGUGUGAAUCCUUUUGCGCUUCCGACGUGUAAUGGACAGACAUAUGGUAGCUCUAUCAUAUCGCCAGCGAAAUGAAAAUCAAACCCGUAGACUUUCUGUUGUCUUUGAUUGAUACGAGAAUGGCGAUACCCUGUGUUGCCAGGAUUUAAACAGAACAAAGGGAACCAAAUGACACAGACCGCUGCGCCUUAUGCUCACUUGCUCACGUGACUUUGAAAUUACGACAUCCCUCCUAGUUUUCGGUACUUACCGGAAGUUGAUAUGGUGUAAAUAGCAGAACAAGUAAUGUCGGUAGACCAAAAUCUCAAAUUCAUUUAAGAAAUCUUAAAUCAUCGUAUCGCAUGAAUUUCAUGACAUUUCAUGGUCGUUAAAAUGACACUUCCGCAUAAUAUUAUGCCAUUUUGAGAUUGUCAGUCAUCAUAAAACAGAUUAUUCUAGUCAUAACAUAGCCUUGAUAAUUUCGCAAUUAAAAUACUCAAUGUACAUACAUUAUUGAAUGGCUCAGUAAUAUUCGAUGUACUCGGACUCAAUGUCUUAGAACUGUUUUACAGUCGAUGUUAAAGUUUAGUUUGUUUUUGUUUAAGACUGAAUGAGUGUGAGAACAUGGUGUUCAAUUUCUAGUAUAAAAAUAUAUAACAAAUGUUAUUUCUACUGCAGCUUGAUUUUGUAUUGUAUUCGCGUUAUGGUCAGAAUAUCAAACAAACGGAUGUUUACAUAUUUAGGUGUAUGUACCGGUAGAUUAGAGAUUUAUGUCAGCUGUAUAAUAAUUUUAAUAUGUGUUAAAUAAAUUUGCUCGUACUUUUUCUCAGAUUGAAAUCCUAAAUCGACUUUAAUGGAUUGGCAUUGUUAAAGUUAUUUUUUAUUGAUUACUUUAAACAGCUCUAGGGCUACAUUUGAUGGUUUACACAUCAUCCGGGCAUUUUCUAUGAUGUGUCCGUGGUGUAUCAUUCAGGAAUGUAAAGGAGAAGGGGUCUUCCUAUUUCCUACCACUAUUGAAGGAUUAAAUUUCUUUCAAGUACUGUUAUGCUGAUGUUUUGCAAGAAACAUUAUCCCACCUUGUUUUGUUUUGCAAUAUGUUAUUUUAAUUUAUUAUGAGUAUUACUUUUUAAUUUAAGCAUUGUUAUUUAUUUAAGUCUAGUCAAUACAUCAAAGUCCAUUCAUUUAUACAACUCUAGUCCUGAUUUUAAUUAUUUUGUGCCAAUGCAUUUCAAUGUAUUUUUUUCGCUCUGUCUCAAUGUUUACAAAAACCAGACUAUCUAUAGUACCGUUGCUUGUUUGUAGCAAGAGGAGACAUACUCUUUAUAUUAUAACAUUGUACUCACAUAGAUGGCAGUGCGGCAUUUCUAUGACGUCAUUUCCUACCAGCCAGACUGUAGUAAAAUCAGGCGUAUGCUAAGUAUUAUGUGUUCGAGUUUUUGUUAUUUUUAUACUUCUCUUUAUCUGUUGUCUUUAUACAUAUACUUUUUAACAUGUGAAUCUCACAGAAAAGAAUCAACAAUAAAAGUCUAUUACAAAUUG